UGCGCAGCUGAGAUAAACAAGAACGAACAGGCUACAUAGUGGGGAAAACACAAAGCCAGGCACUUCUUCUUCCACGAAGACGGAGUGUAGUGCGUCAGCGUGGCAGCGGAUAAUUUGUGGUACUAAAAAGGACGAAAAGUGAGGCUUUUCUUUUCUUUUCCUGAAACGUUAGAGCGAUCUUUUUCGACGAGGAAGGAUUUUCUUUGAACAGCUGUCUGGAUACAAGUCUUCGGGCUGUGUUUCUUUGUUUAUGAACAUUACUAGGAUGAAAAACGUCGGCGCAAAAGCGGAGCGUCAGUUCUAGCAAGUGGAGAGGCUUGUCUUAGAGGAUGUGGAUGUAAUGUGCAUCUCUCGCGAAUGAUGUUUGCUUUUUGAUGUGUUAGUUGGUGAUCAGGGGACGCCGCCCUGCAAUUAAUAUCAUGACAAGUCAAACGACGUUUCUAUGGCAUUUUCUCUUCCUGCUCAUAUUUGCUGUGUGGGAAUGCAGAGCGGUGUGUGUGGAUGCAAUUUCAGACACAGAGGCAGUGUUGGGGCGAACCAUGAAGCUCACCUGCGUCUCAUGUAUGAAAAGAGAAGAGAUCACUGCUCAGACUAAGGUGUACUGGUAUUACAGACCUGACAGGGAUGCUGUUCGCCAGGAUAUCUACCUAUAUGAUGGCGUAGGGCAGGACAUGGAGGGGCCAUGGAAGGGUCGUCUGUUGUGGCAUGGCAGCAAAGACCUGCAGGAUGUCUCCAUUAGCAUUGUCAAUGUCACGCUGAAUGACAGCGGCCUGUACGAGUGUGUUGUGCACCGCCAAUUUUCCUUCAACUCAUAUACCCCUUCCAUUGAGAAGACAGUUGAGAUUGAGCUGGUGGUGCGAGAGCAAGCAAGUGAAGAUCUCACAGCACUGUACUCAGAGAUCAUGAUGUAUGUUCUACUGGUGUUCCUCACCCUCUGGCUGCUGGUUGAGAUGAUCUACUGCUACAGGAAGAUCUCCAAAUCAGACGAGCAAGCACAGGACAGUCCGACAGACUACCUAGCCAUUCCCUCUGAAAAUAAAGAGAACCCGCCGGGUCCUGCAGUAACGGAAUAAAACUGGUUGUCUCACACACAAUACGGUUCUGAUGAUUCAUAUUGGCUUAGAAAGAGGCUGAGUUUUGCAGGGACGGCGCCAGCGCUCGAAUAGCACUGACAUUACACGAAACCUGACAAAAACAAAUCCCUGUCGGCUUGCUCACAUAAUGAGAAGCGAAUUCUCCGCUGCUUAAUUAUCGUCCCCGUCUUUCUCUCAGUGAAGUCGACUGUUACACUCGAGCAAAACGGGGUCAUGUUGGUUUUUCCACUAUGUAUUGCCUUAGAGGAGAUUCAACAUUCUGAACAGCAAUCAGAGAUAAAAAGCAAACACACUGCCUAUUUACAAAAAAAAAAAAAAAAAAGUAAAAAAAAUAAUUCAUUAAAGAUAUUUACUUGAUGUUCAACAUACUCCAAAAACAUUUCAUGUUAUUUGAUAGUCUUGUUUUCACCAUUUUGAUAGAACAAAAACAAUUUUUAAAUAAUGUACUCCAACUGAUUGUGUUACAUCCUAGGCUUCAGGUUGGUUUCAGAGCAGGCUAUUUUUUGCCUUGUCAGGUUCAAAACAAAGUCCCUGAGUGGAUGAGAUGAGGUGAGAUAAUCAUUGUAGUCAGCUCAGCUCAUAUGAUAGCUUAGAUGUAACAUUAUGCUUUUGUGUGUGAAUGAACUUACCCGUGUUUACACCCUACAUGCGUUACAUCAUGCCUCUCAUGUCAUGUGAUUUUGAAGUUGAGGUUGUGUACAUAUAACACGAUAUAUGUAACAAACUGCAUACAUCCCUUUAGAGCCUUCAUAUCAACAGUAGUAAUGUUUACUGUAACUAUGUUGAAGUCACUUUUAGUAAUUAUUGCUCAGUAACACACUAUAGUGACUCCGGAAACCUUUACUUUUUAAUCACUACUAAUCUUACAGUUAUUGUGGACUAGUUGUGUGUAAUGUGUUUCUCUCUAGACGAUGAAGAGUUGUUUUUUUUUCUCUCUCAAACGUUUACAAGAGGACUCACAAACUAUCUGCAACAAAUACUCUAUAUGUGAAUACCAAUUAGUGUGUAACAUAAAUAGCUAGUGAAUGCAAAAUUGGCUCCUAUAGACUACUUUUACAAUCAUGGCGAUGUGACGAUGACUGUGUAUCUGCACUUUAUUAUCCCCUCUGGAAUUGUUGAUAAGCCUUUUGCGGUCUUUUAUAUUUAUACACGUCAGUACAAAGGACAAACGUGACAUGUUUUCAAGCCUUGUCAAGGAAAUCCUGUAUUUCUCUUGUGAAAGCUUGCCAUCUAUUAUUAAAGCAAAGCUGUGUAUUCUGAAA